ACCUUCAGAGUUGCUCAACGAGCGCAACUUUUGAUUUCGUUUUGAUAGGACGCCGGUAUGAUGCUGGCAAUUUCGACAUUCACAAUCCAUUUGAUAGUCGUGGCAUGUCGUGGCUAUUCAGCUAUUCUCUUCCAACGUGCAUAUUUGCGAGUUGUUUCCUAGACGAAGCGUGGAAAGAUGUGAAACGGAUUCUGCUGAUUCUGCAAGACAAAGGCCAAAGAAGAGCGGCGGAUGAAUCGCCAUGCAAAAACAGAUCCAGCUGUCUAUGGAGAGUUGGUCUCUGAGGGAGCCCGGCGCCUGGGCCAAGAAUGGGGGCUUUGUGAUGGAGCGACAUCAGCAAUCUUUGCAGAUCUUGGCAGCGGGGUUGGGAAGCUUGUUGUGCAGUCAUACCUGGAAUGGCCUGGUGUGAAGCGUACCCUGGGCGUGGAGCUUUCUUCCACCCGUGCGAAACAUGCAUGGGAGGCAUGGGAGUCGUUACUGCUCAGCGAUGAGGCCUUUGAACUCCGACAGAUGGCGUUGAGUCUAGUUGGAGACGAUGAAGUGCCAAAUCCAGCGGAAGAGGUCCAACUUUUGAAAGGGGACCUGUUAGAUGCGGAUAUCAGUGAAGCAACGCACGUCUACGUUUCUUCCCUUUGCUUCCCCGAAUCCUUGAUGUUCGAUGUGACAGUCAAGCUGAAACAGGCUCCACGGCUUCGAGCUGCAGCCUCCCUGCAGCCUCUCGCGCUCAGUGCGAAGCCUCGACUUUUAGCUCUGCCGAUGUCUUGGACGAAACGACAAGGUCCGGGCACUAUCGCUUACCUGUACGAAUUUGAUUAAAAAA